CAGAAGCGGCGUAAGCUCAAGAAACGCAUCUCCUGGCACAAGUGCCGCAAGGAACGGCUGCGACAGGUUCGGGUCGACAUCGAGGAGCCGGCGGUGUCGUGGCUGCCGGGCACCGGCUCUGACUCGUCCGCUGUACACGACUGUGACCAGUCACGACAGUAUCGCGACUGCGAGCUGACGCCGCAGCCGCCAGAUGCCACCUCCGCCGCAUGUUCUGCCGAGGAGAUCCACGUUGACGACGCUCUCGUGUCUCUGCCAAUUUCCGAUCUCGACGAGAAGCUGCAGAGCUACCCACCCGAGGAGGUCGUGCGCCUCGAGGAGAAGUGGCGCACGCUCCGUAACCAGAAUUACGUGCAGGACUCCUGCCCAAAACAAGUGCGACAGUGCCGGGAGCGUGAGGUCGACGGUGCGGAUCCGGUUCUCGUGCGACUGCUCGGUACUCCGCCCCUCUUGUCGGCAGAUCGCCACCUGCCACGACAGCAGCUGCGACGAGAGGCUUCGGCACAGCAGCCCUACGGCACGUCCACUACGUCCUCUGCCGAGGGUAUCGUGAGUGACGACGAUCUCGUAUCGCUGUCAAUUUGCGAGCUCAACAGGAAACUCCGAGGCUACCCGCAGGAGGUCGUAAUGCACCUCAAGCAGAGGCGGCGCACACUCAAGAACCGGGGCUACGCUCAGAUCUGUCGCGUCAAGCGGCUACGUCAGUGCCGGGCCCUCGAGGUCAAGAACCGUACACUCGUCGCCAAGCUGCAGCGCCUCAGAGUGGCGGUGGCACGCGUCACGGAGGAGCGGGACCGGUACAGGCAGCAGCUCGAGCGGCGAAUGAGCCGGGCCGACCCUGCGUCACUCCCUCGUGCUGACGGCACUCCCACAAUCCUCUGACACGAGUUUGUGCGAGUGUCGAGUGGUCUGUAGCGUAGUCCGCCAGGAAGAGGGCAUCUGAGGAAGCUAGAAAUGAGGCGAGAGGUUUUUAUAGGCAAGACACGAACAGAUCACUGACCGAUCGAGACGGUGGUGGCAAGUGUCGAUUAGUGUCGGAAUGAAGUCCGAAUCCCUACUCACCUCAUUGGCGGCGUUUUUACCCGAACAAACAGCUGUUGUGUCGAGGGGAUGAUUCGAUCCGUCACGUAGGCCACAGUGAGGUUAUACUGAGAGUGUGUUUGAAAAAGUUAUGAAAAAUAGGAAGAAAUCUUAAGUCACCAACAAAAAGUCCCGGUACUCCCCCUAGACGGGUAGUGCCUUGCGCAACGUGAUACCGGCGAUUGAAGUAUAAAGAAAGCUAAACAUUUGUACUUGGCAUUCUUCACAUAAUGUAGAGAUCCUGGGUUUUUCACACGAUCAGUAAGGAUGAGUUUGGUCUGCCUCAAUUUUUUUUAGUAAGUACAAGACUCCUUCACAGCCAUUACAGUAACACAGUAAUCGUCCUCGAUCAGAACUGUACAACGAAGAUGUGUCACCUCUACUUUUUAUUUGUGAUCUUUGAAUAAUUGUGCAAAAUAUUACGUUAUUAAGUAACCAGUUACACACAUCCAGAUAUAAAUAUCGGUGAUCAAGGACCCUGAAGAUCGUGCACAAACUAACAGUGUUCCUCAGUAGAUGGCAAUCGUGUGGACUUUGGAUCUGGACAUCCAGUUGCUGAAGGUCUUUCUGAAGUCCGUCCUGCCAUCGCUUCCUCGAUCUUCCAAUUGGAUGGAUACCUUCCGGUUUUCCUGUAAGCACAGCUUUGACCCGGUACAUCAUUCGACAAUCGUCACGUCCGACAGUACAAGAAGUAUACCAGUAUCGGAGCGUGCCAUAGGUAUUGGAACUGUGAAGACGGAGCCCUCGUCACCUCUGCCGCCUUAUGUCAAUUAUGUCGGCAACACGGGGCCGGGAAGCUCUCUGAGAUGUGCAGACGGUACUGCAGCCUUCGUAGGAAAAGAAGACGAUGACGAACUCGAGGUGGUACCCCACAAUCCAGUCGUCUGUCCUGCGCACGCCAGGAAACGGAUCGUGUAUUCCCAGAUGCUCACUAUGGCUAUCAUGGAUUCCCCAAACUGGCGCAUCUCGUUGCGUGAGAUCUAUAGAUACACCAGGAGGAACUUCCCGUGUGUCAGGUAUCGGAACAACUGGGAGAAUUCCAUCAGGCACAUCCUGUCCAUCAGCCCACUCUUCGUGAAGACGCAGCGCACACCCGAGCGCAAUGCCCACUACUGGUCAGUCGUGCCUUCGUUCGCGGACACACUGCGGGAGAACUUCAGCUCGCCCAACCAGUACUGCUGCAAGUGGCAGCUGGUGAACCGACUGCAGCGCCACUGCACCCAGACACUGCCUCACAAGCGGCCGCCGCAGUACGCCCAGGGCCGGCUCUGCGAGCCCUCUACCCGUUGCAAAACGAGCAAGAACUCAUCAUCCACUCGGAAGAAAACUCCACACAGUUCGUCGGGAGACAGCCGUCGCGUAGGUCCGAGGAAGCCACAACAUCCAAAUUUGACCACGUCCGUUGCAGACUUUAAAACUGAAACAAGGGACGAGUUGGACUGGGGCUCAGAAGAUUUUCUCGGCCAUGCACCGCCCCUCAAACCGCUCAUUGCACGGGCCAUCAUGCUGUCCCCGUACAGGCACGUACCGUUAUCGGUGAUCUACGCGUACUGCAUAAGGCACUGCCCGUACUACAAGAACUACAGGUGGCAGUGCCAGAUGCUCAUUAAGAGCAUCCUGGCCAGUGAGGCGUGUUUCAAGAGGCUGUCACAGGAGGAUGACAACAGGACGGACUACUGGACAUUUGAUAUGCGAUACAAGGAUUUGUUGGAAAGAGACACCUGCCAGCCAGCAGGUGACGAUCUCGACGCUGCGUACCGUAACAUCUGGGAGCACGAUCACGGACUUUACCCCAAGCGGUUGGAAUCGCAUCUGGACGAGGCCGACAGCACCGGGCAGUGCUUCCGUCCCGUCAGCUCGCCCGACAGCCAGCUCACGGACACGGCCUCGGAGUCCGGCUCGGAUACUGACGAAGUCCCGAGCCUGCUACAGGGGCCGUCGCAGAGCUGUCCUCCUGACACUGGACGCAGUGGAGGAGGUGCGACGAACGGAAAUAGGUCGACGAUAGGUGACGGUGGAAGUGGACGCGGGUGUAGUCCAAAGCAAACCAGUGUGUGCGACUCCUAUCUGGAAACCCUCCCGAGACACAAGAAGCAGCAUUCGGGUUAUCUAUUUGUGGACCAACCCACUGAUGUGCUGGACAUUAAAGAGGAACCGCUCCCUGAAGAAUUACCCAUGGUAGACAUUUAUACUGAAGAAAAUGGAGAACAAACACCAAGCAUGUGUACUACACUUCUGGAUGCUGAUGUCUUCAGACCAGUGAAAAUCAAACAAGAGAAGGACGAAUAUCUCGUUCCUGUUAAAUAUGAAAUGGUUGAUACUCUGUGCUAAUACUGCUGUGAAGUUGCAAGGGAAAUAGAUCCUACUGGAAAGGAGAAUUUUUGGACUGUUUACAUCUGAAUGGUGACCAACCUGUGGUUUCUGAUCAGCAGAAAGAAGAGAGAACAUGCCUCAAUCAUUGACAGCUGUGAAAAAUGUGGGCCAGUUCAACUCGCUGAAACUUACCACUGAAAAGUGUUACAAGAAGUGGGAGAAGUAUUCUGCACAGCACCGCAUAGCUCGCCCGCCGAUGGUAUCGAUAGUUUCAGUAGUCCGUUACAUUACAUGGUGCACAAACAAGGUGAUAAAAGAUUACAUAACUUUGUACGUAGGUGUGAUGCUGAAGCGAAGUGUCCUGGCUGACUGCACCUGAUGAAAUGGGCUGAAACUGGAGCGGAGCCUGUAGAGCUCUCCCGCUCCGUCUAGAGUGCGCUGUCAUCGGUGACUCCUAGUGCCAGCUUGAGAUACUAUUCUGUGGCAUCGUUGCUAUCGAUACCACAACAGGAACAGCAACUAAACUUUAAUGAGACUUCAGGAGCACUGUCAGUAAGUGACAUGUCACUUUCUUUAGCAGAAAAUACUUUGCUUGGAGUCUGAGUCUCAUCCAACUUGAAAAUCCUUGUUUCAUCACUAAAUGUUGAAUUAGGAUUCAAAAUAUUCUUCAGGUUAGUGAAGAAUAUUCCAACAUCCGUUUUAUUGAACGAGAUGGUCCUUAAUAAACUGCAAGCCUCUGGAUGGAUGUUGGAGACUAAGUGUUGGAUCGCAUUCCCUGAAAGUAUUGAGCCAAUCUAUUCCAUCUAUGUUUUUAUCUUGUAACUUUCUAUGCUGAGCCAUUUGGAAUGCCAGAUGCCUUCCUUCUUCACUGUCAAGACCGUAAAACAUUUGGGCUCAUUCCAUUAUCAUACGAACAAUGGUUUUGUUCAUCAGAGUAAAUUGGCUGGCAAUCAUAUUUUGGAUGCAGAUGAACAUCUGUCAUUCUUAACAUUCCUAGAACAUAUUGAAAUAUAAAUUGUGUAAUUUUAAGUUAUUUGCUGUUUCUUCAUAAAGUGCUGAUUUUGUUAAAACAAAUGCUCAGAGCAAGUUUUGCUUGAAAAGAGUCCCAUAAUUGACAAUCUUAACAGCAGUUGUUUUGCGAAGACUAGUUCCAGGAACCAAUUAAAAAAGCAGCCCUCAUAUUAUCUUCAGUAAAGUGAGCUAUCUUAGUUUUUCGUGCUCUUUUUACAGACAAUGUCGACAAUAUGCAACUUAAUAUCUUUAUUUAAGACCACUAGCUUAUAUUCUCUUCUCAUUUGUUUGCACAUAUACUCAUGUUCAGAAAAAAACAGAACACAUUGAACAACUAGAGAUAGGACAUUCAUAUUCACAGGACAUGUAAAUUACUAUGCCAUGCAGAAAUAAUUAGCAUUUCAGUCACCUUUACAAAACAUUGUCUUCACAUUCGAUUUCACCUGCCUAGCCUGUUUUAGAUGAAUUGAGCCUGUUAACUUCCAUUGAGUUGACUGUUUACUUUCUGGAUCGUAUCCAUAGCACCACGACUCAUCAUCUGUGAUGAUUUUGUUGAAAAAAAAAAAAAAAAAUGGACUGUCUUCAAAUGAGUCCAUCUUGUGAGAGGCUCAAACACGAUAAUUCCAUUGAUCUCCAGAGAGAAGUCUCGACAUGAACUUUGCAGCCACUCAUUGCAUCUCAGAAUUGAGCUCCAGGACAACCCGGAUAAGUGCUAGAGUUGUUAGAUGGUACUGCCUGUGUCUGUCCUUGUCGAUUAGACCACAGAUUUUGCCGACAUUGUCCUUGCAUCAAGCAGUUGCAGGGGUAACAGAAUGGGGCUAAUCUUCAAUGGCCAUUUCCCUCUCUUUAAACUGAGAAAAUCAUUCAUACAUUUGAGUUUCACUAAGAGCGUGUUUUUUGUAGGUUAUUUGCAGCGUCACAAAAUUUUCUGCUGCGCUCUUGCCAAGUAAAAAACAAAAUUCAUAAGAAGUAGCCAUUUUCUCAUGUUGCAUCUGUACUGUACACACUCUGCCAGAACUGCUAGAGAAACCACACUACUUGCUGGCUAUCACAGUACAAUCAACCUGAAAUUUAUUACAUGAAAUUAGAAUAGAUUCUUCAUAUAAGUACCAAUCUCAGCAACUACAUCUAAACGUUUACAGAACAUAACAUAUACUUUCAGUUUCAUAUGACCAAUUAAUGUUUUAAUAACAAAUCUAUUAGUUGAGAUAGAAGAUGGUUCAAACUCGGACAAAGCAAUACGAACAAUAGGUUGUUUUGCAGUACUAAAAUAAAAAGGCUCACAUUUACAACUAUCGUCCCAAUUACUUUUGGAACCAAAGAAAUAAAUUUAAGGGGCACUGAGUCCAGGGACAAUUUCACACAUUAAUUUACAGAUUAAAAAUUAAUCUUGUGCAUUAAUAAAAAAUGCCAGAUUACAUCUGAGUUAAUUAGGAUACGGUCACCAAAAGCCUUUGCAUUUGAGCACGUUUGUCAGUGUUCUGUACAUUUCUCCAUGUAUGUGAUAGACCAGUGCCACUGUGACAAGUAACCCAUUCUUCUAGUUAGCUGAAAAGGUUUUCAGUUGUUUACGUAACCUCUUGUACAGAAUCUUUAUUGUAAAUGAGGAAUUUUUGGCAUUUCGUUCACAAAGCUUGGGGACAGUUUAAGGAAAAGGUUACUGUGUUAGAUAUCGGUCACUUACAACAUGCUAUCUCCAUUCUGGCCACAUUGUUCAGUUCCGUGGAGCCCCACAUUCCCCUCGGCUGACCUUGAAUAGAGCACAUGCAAUCUUUGACUUGCCCGCUAUAAAUACAAACAGCAAACUUUAUAGCAGUAUGAACAUUAAAUGAGGUUGCUUUGGCUUUUGGAGGAAGAUAGGGGCUGCAGUAGCCAAAGAAACUUAAGAAUUCAGUCUUGGACACAUUUUGAUCAAUUUAGUCAAAUUGGGGGCUCUGAGAUAAACUCCCAAAGCUGUGAUUUCUUAAUCUUAUUUAAUACUUUGAUUCUUACAUUGUUGAUGCAGAAAGUAUGCUAUAAUGUUUUUUCACUUAUACCAUGCAUGACUAAUGCAUGAUUUAUACAACAUUAAUUAAAACUAAAACUUUCAGCCCUUCCAGUUUGUGUAUUGAACACUAAUACAGAUGAGUAACAAUUUAAAUAAGAUUAAUACAUGACAUCGUGGUUAUGUGUCAAAAGGCCUAUCUAUUACGCAAGAAAAAAGUCUUAUAUUUGAGGACGGUAUACUAUCAAUGGAUGAAUUACUUAAGGAAAAAAAGAAAAAAAAGAAAAUGAAGCACUGCAGACCUACAAAGACAAUGCUUGUUAACAGGAUAUGUUAGUGUUAAAUUAUAUCCGUCAAUUACAAAAGCAGUCUUUGUUUGAGAAAGUUAACAACUAAAUAGUAAUAUGCAUAAUGCUCAGCAUUACAGGUACAUGCUAAUGCAGAAGUUAAAGAGCUGUUGCAUACUAUGAAGUGUUGUUUCUGAAAUAUUAUUACUAUUGCAUUAAGAUUGUUUUAAGAAUAAAUUCCACAGUACACUGUAAAGUUCUCAUGUAUCUGCAACCUUAUUGGAAACAUACAAAUCUUAUAAAUGUGGCAACUGAAUAAAGUUACUAAAUGUAAGUGUGAACUGUCCCAAAACUUAUAAAAAUCAUUCUCAACUUUUUAUAGCAAAUAUCUGUUAUUUAAGACACUUGAAAUGAUUGUAUUAAUAUGAUCUGGUGUGUAUAUGUUAAAAUACAUGAAAAUAAACAUUUUCUGUAUUAUUGUUCA